AUGCUAUUUCUUGCUUUUGCCUUGUGGCUCACGGCCGUUCUGGCCCUGCUCAGACCAACGCCGCCUUCCCAGGACAGCUUCUACGAUGUGCCCAAGAACGUCGCUGAUUACAAGAACGGUGAUAUCAUCAGCUUCAGAAACACGCCUGUUCAGGUGAGAUCGUUCGUUUUUCCUAUGGAUGUGAAGAAUUCGUGGCAAUUCCUCGUUCGCUCCGAGGACUCUUUUGGUAACCCCAACGCUUUCGUGACAACGGUGUUGGAACCAUACAACUCUGACCCAUCCAAGGUAUGGUCAUACCAAGCCUGGGAGGACUCCAACAACAUGGACUGUGCUCCAUCGUACGCUCUCUUGUACAACGCCAGCCACAACACCAUCACCACGCAAACAGAAAUUCCAUUUAUCCAGUUUGGUCUUCUGAAGGGCUGGUAUGUUGCGAUUCCAGACUACCAGGGUCCAAAGUCGGCAUUCACUGUGGGUCGCCAAUCUGGCCAAGCGGUGUUGAAUAACAUCAGGGCAGUUCUUAAUUCUGGAUCUAUCACUGGUGUGAAGAAGGAUGCUCAAGUGGCUCUCUACGGCUACUCUGGUGGUUCUAUCGCAACCGGAUGGGCUUCUCAACUCCAACCACUUUAUGCUCCAGAAUUGAAGGGAAGCAUUGUUGGAGCUGCUUUUGGAGGAUGGGUCACCAACAUCACACUGGUGGCUUUCGCUGCAGACGGAACCAUCUCUGCUGGACUUAUCCCCAAUGCUGUGAACGGCAUUUUAUCUGAGUAUUCGGACUACAAGCCCAUUUUCGAUCGGGAACUUUCCAGAUUCAGAGCUGACCAUUUCUAUGCUGCUCUGGACGGCUGCCUUGUCAACUCCAUCACCCUGUACAUGUUCCACAAGUUCUUCAAGGGCAGAUUCCCAUACUUCAGAGCUGGAGCUGAUUUCUUCAGAAUUCCUGAAAUCGCCGAGAUUCUCCAGAACAACACGGCUGGGUUCACGAAAGAAGAAGGUGUUCCCGAAAUACCCAUGUUCAUUUUCCACGGUGAAGCUGACGAAAUCGUGCCUAUCAAAGAGGCUGAUAGGGCUUACGAAAAUUUCUGUGAAUGGGGUGCUCCAUCUGUAGAGUACGCCGUUGCUGAGAAUACUGGCCAUGUUAUUGAGUUGUUCAUUGGCGCUGGAGCUGCUUUUUCAUGGUUGGAAAAACGUUUCGAAGGUGUGGAUACCGUAUCUGGAUGUCAGCGUACCGUGAGAACUAGUAACCUUGAAUACCCAGGUGCUGAUAUUCCAUAUCGUCAAAUUUUGAGUACUUUUGUCAGAGGUAUUUACGGUGCUGAAAUUGGAGAGGACACAAUUGACAUCAACGACUCCACCUGGCUCAGUAAGGUUAUUCUGCACGGAUUCAGCAGAAUUCUUGGUGCAGUUGGUCCAAUCCCACUCAAGAGAGAUAUCACCAUGGAUGAAGCUGUGGCGCAGAAACCAGUGGAGGAGUUGUAUAAGGGUUUCCAAGAUGUGAGGUUGUUGUUUGAGGAGAACGGCAUUGACCCUGAGAAGGUGCUCAUGGGAGAGAACCCCUCCACUGUUUAG